AUGAAGGCUGAGAAGUACCCUGAUCUGCUGUCUGCCAUACGGAGAACCAGGAAAGCUGGUGGUGUAAUUCAGUUCCAGUCUGAAGGCCUGAGCAAUGGUACGUCCGGGCUCGCGGUGUCACGGAGUGGCCCUUCCUCCGGCUCCGGAGGACAGACGUCCGGGCUCGCGGUGUCACGGAGUGGCCCUUCCUCCGGCUCCGGAGGACAGACGUCCGGGCUCACGGUGUCACGGAGUGGCCCUUCCUCCGGCUCCGGAGGACAGACGUCCGGGCUCGCGGUGUCAGCAGAGUGGCCCUUCCUCCGGCUCCGGAGGACAGACGUCCGGGCUCGCGGUGUCACAGAGUGGCCCUUCCUCCGGCUCCGGAGGACAGACGUCCGGGCUCGCGGUGUCACAGUGUGGCCCUUCCUCCGGCUCCGGAGGACAGACGUCCGGGCUCGCGGUGUCACAGAGUGGCCCUUCCUCCGGCUCCGGAGGACAGACGUCCGGGCUCGCGGUGUCACAGAGUGGCCCUUCCUCCGAGGACAGACGUCCGGGCUCGCGGUGUCACAGUGUGGCCCUUCCUCCGGCUCCGGAGGACAGAUGUCUGGGAUCACGGUGUCAGCAGAGUGGCCCUUCCUCCGGCUCUGGAGGACAGAUGUCUGGGAUCACGGUGUCAGCAGAGCGGCCCUUCCUCCGGCUCCGGAGGACAGACGUCCGGGCUCGCGGUGUCACAGAGUGGCCCUUCCUCCGGCUCUGGAGGACAGAUGUCCGGGAUCACGGUGUCAGCAGAGUGGCCCUUCCUCUGGCUCUGGAGGACAGACGUCCGGGAUCACGGUGUCAGCAGAGUGGCCCUUCCUCCGGCUCUGGAGGACAGACGUCCGGGAUCACGGUGUCAGCAGAGUGGCCCUUCCUCCGGCUCUGGAGGACAGAUGUCCGGGAUCACGGUGUCAGCAGAGUGGCCCUUCCUCCGGCUCUGGAGGACAGAUGUCCGGGAUCACGGUGUCAGCAGAGUGGCCCUUCCUCCGGCUCUGGAGGACAGAUGUCUGGGAUCACGGUGUCAGCAGAGUGGCCCUUCCUCCCGCUCUGGAAGACAGACGUCCGGGAUCACAGUGUCAGCAGAGUGACCCUUCCUCCGGCUCUGGAGGACAGACGUCUGGGAUCACGGUGUCAGCAGAGUGGCCCUUCCUCCGGCUCUGGAGGACAGACGUCUGGGAUCACGGUGUCAGCAGAGUGGCCCUUCCUCCUGCUCUGGAGGACAGACGUCUGGGAUCACGGUGUCAGCAGAGUGGCCCUUCCUCCUGCUCUGGAGGACAGACGUCCGGGAUCACGGUGUCAGCAGAGUGGCCCUUCUCCGGCUCUGGAGGACAGACGUCUGGGAUCGCGGUGUCACAGAGUGGCCCUUCCUCCUGCUCUGGAAGACAGACAUCUGGGAUCACGGUGUCAGCAGAGUGGCCCUUCCUCUGGCUCUGGAGGACAGACGUCUGGGAUCACGGUGUCAGUAGAGGGGCCCUUCCUCUGGAGCCUCUAGUGGGGAACCUGUUCGUUGCAUCUUUCGGCUUCUGGUGGCUGGUGUUUCUUUUUUCUUUUUUCAUCUUUUUUUUUUUUAAUUUAAUUAGAGACAGGGUCUGCCUGUGUAGCCCAGGCUGGUCUCAAACUCCUGGCCUCAAGCAGUCCUCCUGCUCUGUCCUCACAAAGUGCUGUGGUUACAAGCGUGAGUCAUGGGGCCCAGCCUGUUGGUGUUUCCUGACUUGUGGCCCCAUCACUGCAGUCUCUGCCUUCGGGGUCACAUGGCCUCCUCCUCUGCUGGAGCAUCCCCUCCCGUAAUUUUCUUUCUUU